AUGGCCAGUAUCAUCACAAGCGUAGAAUUUGUCUUAUGCGCAUUGCAUGCUAAACCCACGGAUGCUGUCAAUGAACUUACCGCUCUUGCUGGCGUUGUGAGUAUUGACGUCGCAAACAGGUGGCCAACGGACGACGUGCUUAUUUUGGGAGACUUGGGCGCAGAUUGCUACUACGUGCGCGACCUUACAUGCUCUGCAUUGUCACUGCGCUGUCCACCGUUCACGUGGUUGAUUCCUGACGACGCUGACACCACCGUGUCUGCCACGGACUGUGCCUACGAUAGGUUUGUAGCAGGGGGCCAGGAUUUGGUCGACGGCAUCAGCAACGCAAGCGUGUUCCGCUUCGACCUGGAAUAUGGCCUAACAUACGAUGAGGCCAAAGCAGUGAGUGACCACUAUCCCAUAGAACUAGAGCUUGUUUAG